AAUCAAAAUAAAACGGUGGCGAACUGAAGCAAACGCAACGCUGCCGUGUAGCUAUUUUCUUUUCCUUUCCCAAAGCCAACUGUUUUCCUCCUAAACCACACCUACUUUUCUUCCCUUCAAUUCUCUCCAACUUUCACAUUCAUUUCUUCUCUUAUUCAAUCCCACCCUUCCCUGUUUGGUUUCGCAUCAACCUUUUCGUUUGCUCCUCUGCUACGGAACCCAUUCACGAUUGCGAUUGGAUUUGGGUGUGUUGAAAUAACAGGAGGGAGGUAUGAGCGAGAAGCUGAGGAAUGGAAGUGGGAGUUCGAGCUCAAGUUUGAACAGCAUAUCUCUGGAAACAGAGGAUGACCAAACAAUCGCAAGCAUAUUGGCAGAGGAUGAAAAUCUGAAGGCAGACAACAGGCUUGGAAAGAGACUUUCACAUUUAGAUUCCAUUCCACACACUCCCCGUGUUAAUGGAGAAAUUCCUGAUGUAAAUGACGCAACAUUAGACCACGGGAGGCUAUCUGAAAGGCUAGUUACAUAUGGUUUGGCAGAACUACAGAUGGAAGGUGAUGGGAAUUGUCAGUUUAGAGCAUUAGCAGAUCAGCUGUUCCGCAAGUCUGAUUAUCACAAGCAUGUUAGGAGGCAGGUUAUAAAGCAGCUAAAGCAUCACAAAAAAUUGUAUGAAGGUUAUGUACCAAUGGAGUACAAAAGCUACUUGAAGAAGAUGAAAAAAUCAGGGGAAUGGGGUGAUCAUGUUACACUACAAGCAGCUGCAGACCGUUUUGGUGCCAAAGUUUGUUUAGUCACCUCUUUCAGAGACACUUGCUAUGUUGAGAUCCUUCCUACUGACAAAAAUCCCACUAGAGAGCUAUGGCUAAGCUUUUGGAGUGAAGUGCACUAUAACUCAUUGUACGCUACUGGAGAUGUUCCUCCUAUAGUACCAAAGAAAAAGUUUUGGCUCUUCUAGACUGACGACAGAUUAUGGAAUCGUUUUAAAAAAGCCAGUUUAUGCAUAUUAUUUUAGCAACUACCAAACUUGUACAAAUCACAGAAGUAUAACUAAACUCUCAAUUUAUCAUUGUACAGUUCUUAUUUUCUACCAAGUGGGAGUAUAAGUAUGUUAUGAGAUGAUGUAUGUUACCUUGAUUUAAUACUAAGAUGUGUUUAUAGAAAACUCAGGUCUGAAUCAAUUAUAAUAUUGGGUUAGGAUA